AUGAUAUCGAUUCAUCUAAUUCAAAGUGACGUUUGGUGGCCGGCCAAUUAUCGAUACUCUCUGGCUUCUUUGGUCUUUUCCACGAAUCAGUUGAUCAUUCAUGAUAGUGGCGACUAUUUUAAAGAGGUCUUUCGGAAUAUUUUGGUUACAACUCAAAAAAAAAGCUCUAAUUUACAGUUUCUACUGGACGGCUCUUCUCGAAAUUCUUUUCUUCAUUGCUGGUCUCUGUCUGUCGAGAUGCAGUUCUACGGAAUUGUCCCUUUUAUUUUUGCAGGAAUGAAAUUUCUGCCAUCGAAUAUUUGGCGGGUUUGUGCAACUUAAAUUUCAAAGGCUGCAAUGAAAACGUUUUAUCAAAAAAAAAAAUUUAGACUCGAAAUUUCUAGCUGUGUCAAAGAUUCAAGGCAAAUUUGAACCGAAUUUAUCGAAAAUUACAUUUUCUACCAGGGGUGCACAAACAGAAAGGAAUUCUCAAACAAUUCGACUUGUCCCAGAACUAAUUUUUUUCAGAUCGCCGCCUGGUCACUAAUUGGAACCAGCUCAAUGAUUGCCUUCUUCAUAUUUACACCGACAUUUACCUUCAAUUUUAUGUUCACUCGUUUGUGGCAGUUCGUAGCUGGUAUCAUAUGUUUCCUAAUCAAGGAAGAUGUACAGAAAGUGAUACCGAAGCAAGGUAAACGAAGCGAAAAACAGUUCUUCAUAGCUUUCUCAAGCUUCCAAUGAACUUAAAAACCUUCCAGUUACAACAAUCCGCCAGCAUUUCGACGCCCUAGUCGUAGCGGCUUUAUUCCUCAUUUUCAACCCGAUUCAUCUAAUUGACGGCCUCUUUAGACCAACAAUAACUUUUCUAACAGCCUAUACCAUCCUGUCGGAACUGCAUAAAGAUUCAAAAGUAAUUUUUAAAAACUUAAACAAAUUAUAAUCGCAUCAGAUCCUCCGUUCUACGAGCCUAGCUUACCUUGGGGACAUUUCCUACAUUGUCUACCUUGUUCAUUGGCCGGUUAUUACUAUUUACCCUUGGAAAACUCUUCACGAUCUAUAUUUCAACUUGGGUAUUCUUUGCAUCGUAAAUCAUAACAAGAUACCUUUCAGCGAUGAUCGCCAUCCUUUCCUUGGCAAUUUAUCACGGUUUCGAAUCAAUUUUGUUGAAACAGAAGCCUUCUUGGGUAAUCAGCACGCUCAUCGUUCUUUUUUGGACCAACAUGUUUCUGCAAUUGAGUUUUCGGCAUCAUAUUGAAUUCUGGUCGAAAAAAUAUUCAGAUGGUAAGAUUUAGAAAACAGAUUCACGUGAAAAUUAAAGUGAGAAGAAACGGUAUCCAAAAUGACAGCAUAAGAAAACCGAAAAUGUUCAAAGAAACAUCCGCCAAGUGCAAAACUAAUUCAGACUUCCCAAAAGUUAACAAUUUUUUUUCACUCUCACGGCUGUUUGGAACUUUGCAAAAACUAUGAUUACAGCAUUGAGUUGAAACUGAAAAAAUAAAUGGAAAAUUGAAAAAAUUGAAAAUUUUUCGGCGGUUUGAAAGCUGACGUCGGUUACGCUGUUAAGGCCGCAUACCCCGUGGCUGACAUUUGCAUACGAUUCCGUUUGCGAAAUUCUAGAAUUUGGCGGUAAAGUAUUAUAAAAAAUUAAAAAAAAUUCACUUUUAGGUUGACUAAAACAAAAAAAAAUUAAAUGCUCCUGGAUGGCUUCAUUGAUAAUUUCAAAUUAGCUGGUGUCUGUACACUUUGUCUCACCGCAAAUGUAUACAUGCUUCUCGAUGGUGUUGAGUUAAAAUGAAUGUUAUAAUUCAUUUUCUCAACUUAUAUGGAAUACUUUUGAAAAAAAAGAUUUAUUGAAUUACGGUGAAGCAAACUGAAAAAAACCGAACUCCUUUCUAUUCACUAGCUAGUCGAUAGUUUUUUUUUCAGAAAUGUCUCUGACGAUAGCUCAGAAUCGACUUUUCAUACAGCAACCUUGGCAAUUCAACAACUGCACAAAAUUACCGAUUCCCGAAUUUCCCAAUGGUUUAAGCCACACGUUCGGUCAAUGCAUUUUUCCGGGUGGUUUUUUUUAGUUUUUAAAAGAGCUGUGUGCUAUCGUCAAAUUUGAAUCAUUCGAGUUGUUUCUUUUUGGUUUUUGGAAAAUUAUUUUCUUUUAAGAAAAAUGCCCGGUUAUCAAAGACCAAGAACAGCUCUGGUUCUUAUCGUCUUCCAAAAUUAAUUCGAAGGGUGAUAAUCCACUUUUUUUAGCCGGGAAACGGCCAGCUCAAAGUGCUGAUCCUUGGCAACAGCUACGCUCUGAACCAGGCGGCAAUCGUCCACCAGUCUUUCCAUGGAAAUUAUUCUAGCAUGCAAUAUGUGGCUAUUGCGGGUACCUUUUCCUAAAAAGUUACAAUAAAUCAGUAAUUUUCAGGAAUGUUUGGAAUCUAUGAAAUAGAUUUGCCCAUUUCAAAAACAGGAAUCGAGGUGGCCAGAAGAGUCGCUUCUGAAUUUCUUCCUGACGUCAUUUUCAUCAUAACAAGGUUGAAUUGUCAAGAUGAUAUUCGGUUUUUUUUUAAGAAUCAUGUGAAAAUUUUGUUUAUAAAGUUUUUUGUAACAUGAGCAAUGAAUAUUCAAGAUACUUCGAGCAACAAAAAUCGCGAAUCGAGCCAAAUGAUGACGUCAUCAGACAGUACAACGCCAACCUUGAGUUUUAUCAAAAGUGAACUUUUUUGCUGAAAGUGACAUCAUUUUAAUUUCUCAGAGUUGCCAAGAAAAUCUACAUAAUGGGCGCCCACCCAAUAUAUCAACUACACGCUUUGAAUUUUUAUAUUGAGCGGCUCCAAAGAUCUCCUCACGACUUGGACGACUUGAACUUGGAUAAAAAGGUUAGAAGAAUUUUAAAACAAGAAAUUUCCUCGAAAAUUUUUCAAUUCGAGAUAAAAAGCUCUUUACUAGAACUUCACUAAAAAAAAACGGCGCGAUAAGCUUUCAAAUAAUGCUUUUACCAGUUUUCAGACCGCCGACAAGGAAAUGAUGUACGCGAAGCAACGACUGAAAGAUAUUCAAUGUCCGAAAUGCACGGUGAGGAAUUUUUUGAAAGUUAUCCAAGCUACACAGAAAAAGAACAUUUAUUUACAAGCAAAGACCCAAAAAUCAAAGUUUCGCUCGUUCCAUCAUGGGCCGUAG